AGAAUUAGAGAGGCAUUACAGUUUUGUGAAGAUCUCCUUAUAUAAUGGAACCUGUAUUUCAAGAGUGGAUUUUUGAUGUCUCUUUCACUAAUUUGAAUUUUAUUUGGAUUGAUAAGGCCCACAACAUUGUGAAACUGUAGUGUGAAUAUGGGUGAAAAGAAACCAGAACCUUUGGAUUUUGUAAAAGAUUUUCAGGAAUAUUUGACUCAGCAGACUCACCAUGUGAACAUGAUUUCAGGCUCUGUUAGUGGGGACAAGGAAGCUGAGACUCUUCAAGGUGCAGGGACAGAAGGUGAUCAAAAUGGACUAGAUCAUCCUUCAGUUGAAGUCUCGCUGGAUGAAAACUCAGGAGUGUUAGUAGAUGGAUUUGAAAGAACUUUUGAUGGAAAAUUAAAGUGUCGAUACUGUAACUAUGCCAGCAAAGGAACAGCACGUCUCAUAGAACAUAUCAGAAUCCACACAGGUGAGAAGCCACAUAGAUGCCAUUUAUGCCCCUUUGCUUCUGCCUAUGAACGUCAUCUGGAAGCUCAUAUGCGAUCGCAUACUGGUGAAAAACCUUAUAAAUGUGAACUGUGUUCCUUCCGCUGCAGUGACAGGAGCAACUUGUCACACCAUCGCAGGCGUAAACAUAAAAUGGUGCCUAUAAAGGGUACAAGGCCUUCCCUUAGUAGCAAGAAGAUGUGGGGGGUCUUGCAGAAGAAGACCAGUAACUUGGGGUACAGCCGAAGAGCACUAAUCAACCUGAGUCCACCUUCCAUGGUGGUUCAGAAGCCAGAUUACCUUAACGACUUCACCCACGAAAUCCCCAACAUUCAGACUGAAGCAUACGACAGUAUGACAAAGCCAACGGAGACUGGUGGGCUGCCGAGAGACCCACAAGAUCUUAUGGUAGAUAACCCUUUAAACCAGCUUUCCACAUUAGCAGGGCAGUUGUCCAGCCUGCCUCCUGAAAACCAAAACCCGCCGUCCCCUGAUGUCGUACCUUGCCAAGACGAAAAGCCUUUUAUGAUGCAGCAGCCUGCCGCGCCAGCUGUUAUUCCGGCCGUGGCGACAAGUAUUCCCCGGAGCUCACCCCCUACAAGCCCUGAUCCUCGUCCUGCCCAUACUCAAAGAAACUACAGUCCGGUGGCGGGGCCCAGCAGCGACCACAGUGCCCAUGCCAGUACUCCAAGUAUCAGUAACAGUCAGCCAAGUACUCCAGCACCAGCUCUUCCAGUUCAGGACCCUCAGCUUCUGCAUCACUGCCAGCACUGUGAUAUGUAUUUCGCUGACAAUAUUCUUUAUACUAUUCACAUGGGAUGUCAUGGAUUCGAAAACCCUUUCCAGUGUAACAUAUGUGGCUGCAAGUGCAAAAACAAGUAUGACUUUGCCUGCCACUUUGCCCGAGGCCAACACAACCAGCAUUGAUCGA